AUGCGCAUUUUACAGGAGAACCAAAUUGAUUUCAUAGAUCCUUCGGAAUUGUUACGUCCCGAGCCAAGCUUUGCGGAAAAAAGCCUAUCGAAAUUCCGUGAUUAUAGCAUUGACGAAAAGGAUCCGCUAAAGGAGCGGGUAAGACAAACUUAUCGGCUAAUGCACUUGAACCAAACGGUCGACUUUGUAAAAGGUCGCCAUGAACGCUGGUUGAAGUUCAAUACCAUGAAGGCAACAGUUCGUCAAGCUUUAGAAAAACUUAACGAUCUCAUCGACGAGUCUGAUCCUGAUAUCGAUUUGCCAAACAUCGUGCAUGCCCUCCAGGCUGCCGAACGGGCAAGAGAAGAAUACCCCGAAUUCGAUUGGUUGCAUUUGACAGCGUUGAUUCAUGAUUUGGGUAAAAUAAUGGCAUUCUAUGACGAGCCACAAUGGUGUGUUGUUGGUGAUACAUUUCCCGUCGGAUGUGCAUGGGGCGAUAGUAUAGUUUACAGGAAGGACAGCUUCGAAGGCAACCCAGAUGGGGAGAAUCCUCUAUACAAUACCAAAUACGGUAUGUACGAACCAAAUUGUGGAGUCGACAACCUUAUGAUGUCCUGGGGCCACGAUGAGUACAUGUAUCAGGUGCUGAAACACAACAAGACAACGCUACCAGACAUAGCCUGCAAAAUAAUUCGUUUUCACUCAUUUUACCCAUGGCACAAUGGUGGCGACUACCAACACCUCACUAAACCCGAAGAUGAGGAAACAAAAAAAUGGGUUUUGAUAUUCAAUCGUUAUGAUUUAUAUACGAAAAGUGCAAAGAUUCCCGACAUAGAAGCAUUGUGGCCGUACUACCAAAGCCUGAUUGAUAAAUACCUGCCUGGAGAACUGGAAUUCUAA